AUGCUCCUUACCAUCGUUGUCCUUGGAGCAGGGCUCGGUGGACUCGCUGUCGCACUAUCCGUAAAACAAGAGUCAUCCGACCACGAUGUCCUCGUUGUUGAAUCCGCGCCUGUUUUAACCGAGCUGAGUUGCUCGAAACCUAGCCUCGAGAAGUUGGCGACCAGCCCGCAGGAGUUCCUCGUCCGUCGGUAUGACGGCUGCAAGCUUCUGGGCGAACGCCAGAAUUUUGCGGCUGAGAUGCUGGCGAUGUACGGGUCGUACUACUGGGACAUGCAUCGAGCUGAUCUGCAGCUUGCAUUGUUCGAUCGGGUCGAGAGUCUUGGUGUCCGAUUUCAGUUCGGUACUCUGGUGACGGAUGUGGAUCCUUCGAUCCCGCAACUAAUCACGGACAAAGGUGAGAGGAUCACCGGAGAUCUGGUGAUAGCCGCAGAUGGACUUUGGUCCAAGGCAAGGUCUGCCGUUCUUGGUAGACCCAGUCCUCCUAUCAACACGGGCGAUCUAGCGUACCGGAUUGUCCUUAAAUCGGAAGAUAUCAAGGAUCGGGAGCUGCUAGAUUUCAUGAAGAAACCUAGGAUCGUCAACUUCCCCCAGUGCGACAGACAACUGAUCAAUCCCAGAUUGCAAAAGUUCCUGUCCCAGGUCGAUAAAGUAGAGAAGUGGAAGCUGAUGCACCUUGACGAGCUGGAGAAAUGGUAUAACGAAGAGGCCACCGUAGUGUUCUUGGGCGAUGCUUGCCACCCGAUGCUACCAUACAUGGCACAGGGAGCUGGCUCCGCGCUCGAGGAUGGUGCCGCAUUGGGAAUCCUCCUGUCCAAGGUGCAAAGCCGAGAGGAGUUGCCAAAGGCUUUGAAGAUCUACCAAGGCUUGAGAGCGCCCCGCAGCACCGCGUUGCAAAAGUGGAGCAUGAAGCAGAGACACACCAACCAUUUGCCCGAUGGCCCAGAGCAAGAGGCAAGAGACCAGCUUGCGGUAUCUCAACUCUACGAUCAGCAGCCCGGAUACCCAUUCUACUGGAUUGACCCCGCCGCGCAAGCCCUUGUCUAUGGAUACGAUGUUAUUGCCGAGUUGGGGAAGAUCGGCGUCGAGCCUGCUAUGCAAACUAGCGCAUAG